GCAACUGUAACUUGCUCUGUCAAAGUUUUCUUCUACUCACUGGCUUUAUCGAGAGGUGGCAAGAGCUAACUCUGAGAAUUCAACAGGGAAAGUAGAAGUGAACAAUAUGAAGAACAUUCCAACAGUUGACCAGGGUGCCUAGUAGAUACAGGAAACCAUUGCAUUAGCCCCAGCGAAAACAGCAGACCAUGUACAAUCUGUGGAUUAAAUGGAUAGAAAUUACAAUGCUGCUUAUUAUGGUUGAUGGCCAACUGCUCAAGCAGGCAAAGGCCCCACUGCUACUCCACAAACCUUUCAUUGUUGUUUGGAAUGCACCUACGGAACAGUGCAGACUGCGGUACAAGGUGGACCUAGAUCUCAGUGUUUUUGACAUUGCAUCAAACACCAAUGAAACUUUGAGUGGAUCCAAUGUGACAAUCUUUUAUCACACUCAUUUGGGGCAUUACCCCUAUUACUUAGACAAUGGGAUUCCUGUCAAUGGAGGGGUGCCACAGAAUGAGAGUCUGAUAAAACACCUUAACAAAGCUAAGUCUGACAUUGACCAUUCCAUUCCCCUGAAGAAAUUCCAAGGACUUGCAGUCAUUGACUGGGAAAACUGGAGACCCCAGUGGGACAGGAACUGGGGUAAUAAAACCAUUUAUAGAAAUAAGUCUCUCGAACUGGUUAGGAGACGCCAUCCUCAGUGGUCAGAGGACAAAAUUAGAAAAGUUGCUAAGGAAGAAUUUGAAAAUGCUGGCAAGAGUUUUAUGAACAACACUAUCCUUCUGGCUGAGCACAUGAGACCAAAUGGUCUAUGGGGUUAUUAUCUUUACCCAGACUGCUACAAUUACGAUUACAAAGAACAUCCAAAAGUAUACACAGGUAGAUGCCCAGACAUUGAAUCUUCCCGCAAUGAUCUCCUGCUUUGGCUGUGGAAAGAAAGUACCGCUCUUUAUCCAUCCAUCUAUCUGGAUUAUAUAUUGAAGUCAAGUCCAAAUGCUCUGAAGUUCGUUCACUAUCGGGUUAAGGAAGCAAUACGUAUUGCCUCAGUUGCUAGAAAAGAUUAUGUUUUGCCUGUUUUUGUUUACUCCAGACCAUUUUAUGCCUAUACUUUACAUGUUUUGACCGAGACUGACCUGGUGAACACUAUUGGAGAGAGUGCUGCUUUGGGGGCAGCAGGGGUUGUCCUUUGGGGAAGCAUGCAGUAUGCCAGCUCAAAGGAGAGCUGUUCAGUUGUGAAAAAAUACAUAGAUGGCCCCUUAGGACAUUAUGUCAUUAAUGUGACCUCAGCAGCCAAACUCUGCAGUAAAGUUCUGUGUAAGAAAAAUGGGAGAUGCAUCCGUAAAAUCAGUGACUCUUCUGCUAAUCUGCACUUGUCGCCCAAUAGUUUUGAGAUUGGGGUCCACCAUUCUGAAAAAGGCCCAAGAUUCUUUGUGACUGGAAAACCUAGACCAGAAGACAUAAAGGCCAUGAAGCAGAGCUUCACAUGUCAGUGUUACCAAGGCUGGACUGGGAUAUUUUGUGAACUGCCUGACCAAAGUCUACUUGAACAAUGGGCUCACACUCUGUUUAAUAGAUCAACAAAUAAAAUGCUCAACUUUCUUUUAUUUGGAUCCACGCAGGUUUUUCUGCUUCUCAUUAUACACUAA